GAGUGAUCGCUCAGCGUCUGUGUGAAGACCUGUGUAAACCUUGGCGGUGGCGGGACAGAAGCACACGGCUCCCAAAGAUGGCAUCACCCUUCGUGCCUGUCCCUGUGCCCUUUGACAGAGUCUCAGCUGGAGGUAGCAGUAAGCUCAGACGGCCCCCUCGAGCCUCAUCACUCGGCAGCGUCUCCAGCAGCUCAGACUCGUCUCUCCCCAGGGCUGCGGGGGAGGACCUCAUCGGACGAGGAUGUGGAGGGCUGGUUUCUCAGCGGCAAUCUCGCUGCAUCGACAGGGGCAGCCGGAGCAGGACGCCACCACCUCUGCAGAGCCCGGUGACUCGGGCCAGGAUGAACGGGUCUCUGGAUCACGCCGUGGAGUACUCCACCUGUCCCCGCUCCAUCUCUGAUCCUGUGGGGAGCCAGCAAGUAGAGGAGGAGGAGGAGGAAAGGCCAAUAACGCCCACUGUGCUGGGCUACGAGGUCAUGGAGGAGAGGGCCAAGUUCACGGUGUUCAAAGUCCUGGUGAGGAAGAGCGCGGACGAGAGCUGGGUCGUUUUCAGGAGGUACACAGACUUCUCCAGACUCAACGACAAGCUGAAGGAGAUGUUCCCGGGUUUCCGCCUCUCGCUGCCUCCAAAGCGCUGGUUCAAGGACAACUACGACACCGACUUCCUGGAGGACAGACAGCUCGGACUGCAGGCCUUUCUGCAAAACCUCGUCGCACACAAAGACAUCGCCAACUGCAUGGCAGUGAGAGAGUUUCUGUGUCUGGACGACCCGCCUGGACCUUUUGACAGUCUGGAGGAGAGCAGAGCGUUCUGCGAGACUCUGGAGGAAAGCAACUAUCGCCUCCAGAAGGAGCUGCAGGAAAAGCAGAAGGAGAUCAGCUCCCUGAAGAGACGGCUGGAGGAGAAGGAGCAGGCCAUCCUGCUGCUGGAGAAGAAAAUCAAUGGCGAGUGUGUGAGUCCUGGGUCUCUGUGCGGUUUGUCGGCUCAGAGCAGUGAGAGCGGCGCAGAAGUGGACGUGGAGUCGUCCGUAGCAGAAGCUGAUCAGGACAUGACUGAAGACAGCAGCAGUGCCGCUCCAAUCUGACACAGAGUCCGUAAAGUGUGUGAGUAGAAGAUGUGAGGUCCAGCCGGUGCGAUCCUCUGCCUGUUGGUGCGGCCCGUCGCUCAGCGCCUCUCCUCCGGUCAUCCAGGUCACUCAGCUCUACCACCACAAACUGGAACACUAAUGACGUCCACUGCACCUCCCCCUUCUCCUGCUUUCCUCUUCCUUUAGGCCUUUCUGGGUUCUUCUUGCCCUCUCUUUGACCUGCCCCCCACAGCUCCCCCUCCACCUUCCAGUCGUUGGUUUGCUGCAGCCUUGAACUCGAGAUGAGCAUGUACAAGGUUAAAAGGGAACGUUUUUAUUCUGCAGCAGUCGGUUUCACAAAUACUUCAACGUAUAUGAUGGGUGGUGGUGGUGGUGGGAUAUUUUAUCUGGCAUCUGCAGAGGAAUCCUCAGAGAACAAUAUCUGAAAUGACUCGGCUAUUCUUCUGAAACCUCAGACUCAAACUGUGCGGGGACGCCUCAGUCCUCCUCUUUCCCUUUUUGAACCUCCAAACAUGGUCGCCUCACCGGAUCAUCGUGAUCCUGCGGUCACAGAGCGAGGGUCUGGCAUCCUGACCAUAAAAAAAUAAAAUUCCGUCAAGACUCACACGGUCAACGGGUGGUUUGAAGACUUAAAAAAAAAAAGUGACAAUCUACAGAAAGUCUGAACAUUAAUCUCAUGGGUUUCUGCAGAUGAGUGUGAAAAGCAGAGAAACAACGCCCCCUUGUGGCCGCAGAGUUAAGGAAAAAAAAGUCUGUGUUUGUUAAAUAUCUCAGGAUCAACAUGAGAAACCAGGCAGGUAUCAGAGGAUUGAUGACUUUCUGUCUGCAGGUUGAUCACGCCAUGGCCUCUCAUUGAGACACAGCUUUGACCUUCAGUCACAGUUUUUCCUCUCCUACACUUCAUCCUGUUUGUAGUUCCAUGUGUGAUCUGUGAUGAAGUCCUGAGAGACACAGUAAAAUUAGGAACAUACUGUACAGAGAGCGAGCCAAGGCUCUGCGGCUGAUUGUUGCUUUUAGAGGAAUGUAACAUCCGAUGUAAACACUAUCAAGUCUCAUUCUUCAUGUACACUCACAUCACUCCUUCUGCUGCUCCGUGUUUAUUAUGCAAGUUUAAGUCGAGUGCAUGCCGACCUCUUUAGGCGCCUUGCGUCCUAAUAAACAGUCGACAGGGCCAGAACAGUCAGCUCUACUAAAACUCCACUGAGGGGGUUCAGCCCUUUUAUAAAAGUAUGUUUCUGUUUACGUUGAGAUUUUAUUGAAUAAGAUUUUAAGAUAUUCACUCACUGCCUCUGCGUGAACGGACUUUAGUUUGUGGUGAUCAUGAAAAGCUCAACGGUGAAGCGGAGGUAUCUCAGGAGCUCAACUUCCUGCCGCGCUAAGCUGGGGUUGGUUUUGUAAUGCGCCCCCUUAGUGCCCCUUAAGCUGACCCCUUGAAUGAGGAAUUCUGGUAUUUUUUCCCACCUGGUUUUGACAGAUUCAAGGGUUUUCAUAAAUAUUAUUAAAAGCUUUUUUGGAUUUGCUCCAGAAGAUUUUUUUCAGUUGGCAGCAGUGAAAGAGGCCGUAAGAGCUGCUCUGUUAAUCUAAGUAUCUGACGACAUCACAGACAGGAUCCAUGCAGAGGUAGACCUUGUUGUUACAGAGGAAGAUGCAGAAACAGUGAUUUUAUCUUGCAUAGUAAAAGAUUCUGGUUGGUUUUAUUUGGUGUUUUGCAGAUGCAACUGUAAGUCUGGUUCAUAAAUCUCAGUGGAAAUGUCAAUUUCUAAGUAAUAUUUUUGGGCCUUUUUGUCUGGGACAGGAAAUAUUGGGAGGACAGAGUGGGGGGGAUGACAUGCAGCAAAGGACCGAGGUCAGAUUCUAACCCACGCUUGCUGCAACAAGACUUUUAGCCUCUGUACAUGGGGGGCAUGACAUAACCACUAGACUAUCUGCAGCCCGAAAAAAUGUAUUUUCAAAGCCUUGUGCAAAGUAUCAGACGUAGAUUAUCGUCUCUCUUUGACACCACGAGGUGAUGUGUCUGCAGUCUGCACAUAUCCACACUUCCUGUUUCUGCAUUCAUCACAGCGUUCUCACAUCAGUCAUUUCACAUCACAGAACUCAGGAGCUGCUGGUCUACUUUUGCUUUCUAGUUUUGGUCUUUGUGUCACUGUGCAACUUUGUUAUGUAGAAAGGUUAAAUAAGAUUCAGCACAUUAUUAGUCCAAACACGCAUAAACAGAAAGAAAAGCAUCGCUUCAGGCGGCGUCCGAACAGUAACUCGUCUGUUCUCCAAGUUUCAAAUGCUUUCUUUUGGAUUGUGGUGUCUUUAGAGAGGGUGAUGUAACAGCUGUUUCUGCUCAAUGUAAAGCAGCUCCCUCUUCCACAUUCUCUAAAGAUGCUAUUUGAGAUGGGCUCCUCCUCUGAGAUUUUUUCAAAUACUUAUUGGACGCACUUUGAUCUGCUCUAUAGGAGGCCGAGCUGCGGUCUGAUGCGAUCACCCAGAGCGACAUGAAAACGUUUAAGUUACACCGAUUCCUAAAUAUGCAAACAGAGCUUCGGUUUACCUUUUUGAAAACUUUCAUUUCUUUCCAGUGAGGGAUGCAGAAAGAGAUCACCCGUCAUUCACACAUGACUGUUAGUUUACAGGAAUCAUAAAAACACAGAACCUACCUGAGAGGGGGAAACAAGACUUGAUAAAUCUGUAAAUAAGAUCAGAGCCAUGUCGCUGGUGUUGGAUGCUGAACACGACUGAGCCGAGCUGGCUUUGAAUCUGACUGUUAACGAUCCUCCACUUCAUCCUUAAAUAGCCAUAUUAGUUAGGAGCAGAUAAACUUUUUAAAAAGGCCAAUGUCUCGCUCCAAGUGAUGUUUGUUUUCUCUCUUUGAUGAUGAGUUUCAUGAAGUGUGAAAGUACAGUUAAAGUUUUAAUGGUCUCAGAGCGGGCCUCACGUCUCACGAUGCACUUUAUGGAUGAAUGGAGACCCAUCACGUUUAGUUUGUUUAACUCCUUCAUUUGUUUGAGACAGAAACGUGCCUUCUCAACCGCUCAAUCUGUCCUCGUUCUUAUCCCGUGUUGAUAUGUGUUGAUAUGUGAUUCAUGUUUUAGGAUUUUUUCUUUAAAUUCCUCUCGUGCAUUAAGUGCCUUAGUGAUCUCUCACUUUCCUUUUGAUGUGUGUAAACAGCUUUAUAGACUCACUCCACUUUUUAUUCUCCCUCUUCUGUUGGUGUUGUGAGGCUGAACUGAAAUGUUUUUGUAAUAUUAAAAACAAUAUAAUCAAGUCUUAAUUCACGUAGACACUGAUAGUUGCACUUUGAAAGAUUUCUAUGAAUAACAUUUCACCUUUAACGUGGUGGAUUUAAAGGGAUACUCCACAUGAAUAAAGACAGAGAUCUGGUGUGUAGAUCGGAGAUAAAUGAAAUAUUUAAUGCUCACAUAAAUAAAUGGAUGAUGUAUUGAA